AUGACCUUCAAAUUGCCUCUUCUUGCCACCAAGGAAGCUCGUUUAGACAACACUCCGUCAGUUCUAGCGUUAUUCGGCGUCCAGCAUCCAGAGUCCCUCACACCUCUUAACUCGAUCGCAGCCCUGAAAGACAUAUUUACUCUCGAAAAUGGCCCCGGCCAUGUCCAAAUAGCACUCGAAUCCCGACAACCAGGAAAUCCCUCGUCAAACUGCAACACUACCAUCUUCCAGGCAUUCUGGUUCUCCAGCACAGACUACGAAGCCGGGUGGCAGAGCACUGCUGUGUCAACUUUCUGGAACUCGCUCGAAGAAGAUGCCGGCGUUUGGCGUGAGAUUAUGCGUAUAAGCCCACGGCGCUUUAUGCAUGCCACCGGGUCGACGAAAAAGCAAGGGCUUGCUCUGGUGCCAGAAUUCUCAGACGUCGAUUAUACCGAUAUUGCGCCACAGCAGAAAUACUGGGGCAUUUAUCGUGAGCGUAUCCCUGAUCAUGAAUCAGACGACUUUGAGUCUGCGUUCAUCUCGCAGGCACAGAGAAAAGACAUGGAGGAGAAAGAAGUGAAGGCGAUGCCUGAUAAGAAGACGGUGGGGCUUCGAGAUCCUCCAUCAUCAGCAGACACGUCAAUUGAUCAGAUCCGUCUCGGGAGUGUAGUACUGCCACAUGGCAUUGACAACAUGCUGUACGUGUGGGAAUUCCAGGACUAUUCGCAAACGACGGAACAAGAAAAGGAGAUUUGGGACAAGCACAUCAAUGACUUUGUGAAAGGCUGGAUGAAUUCACUGGACAAGGAGCGCAGCAAACAUGGCGUCCUAUCCUUUCGCAAUACUGCCUUGACACAAAUAGACGAUGGCUUCACUUCAACAUUGCCAGAGUCCCGUAUCACGAGCCAAUUUGUUUUCUAUCUGGAUCUCGCCGCCUUUGAAUACUCUGGCAAGUCCACCCGAGACCACUUCAAGGCUCGUAUGGCGUUUGAGAAACAUCACAAAGACUCUGGGGCCCUCGGUAUGGGCAAAGGACAAACUCAGCUCUCUGUCGAGGCAGGGAUAUUGAAAAGAAGCGACCUUGAAGCAGAGUACAUUGGUUGUUUAGACGGAACGGGAUUGAUGGGCUAUAAGGAGUUGAUUGACGCAGUUUGA